AUGUCCCUAUUCAGGUCAUUGGUUAAUCAACCUAUAAGCACUAGUCUAUUUGUUGACACUGUUGAGUCAUCAUUAAACUUUACAAAGAGAUGGGCUACAAAGAAGUCUGCAGGUACAACAAAGAAUGGUAGAGACUCGAAUCCAAAGUAUUUGGGUCUGAAGAAGUUUGGUGGAGAGCUCGUCAAGUCUGGCAACAUCAUUAUUAGACAGCGUGGCACACAGUUCCAUCCAGGCACUGGAGUAGGCCUCGGCAGAGAUCAUACUAUAUACGCGACUACCAAUGGCUAUGUACACUUUCACACAUCUACCUUGAACAAGUACAACCAACCAUCCAAGGAGAGAAAGUUCAUCUCUGUUGUCGACAACGAGCAGAUGAGCAGCAUCAGAGCAAGUCAACUCGCACUCAAUCCAAACAACAAGAGUAUCAUCAACUAUAAGAAACUACCAGAGUCAAUUCUGAACGAGACGACUUCAUCAUCACAAGCGCAACAACAACAACUCUGA